AUGGGUACAACCAUCUGUCCAUCAACCCAUGACCCCUUAGCUCUUGUACUUACCGUUGGUGUGACUAUUGGGAUCAUCGUGUCCUACCUGCCACAACAUUUUCGAAUAGUGACGAAACGCUCAUCAGAGGGCCUGAGUCCAUGGUUUCUGCUUCUUGGGAGCACAUCCUGUGCGGCAGGCAUGCUGAACGUUGUUGCGCUUCAGUGGCCUGUAAUUAAGUGCUGUCAUCAGGUGAGCGCGGGCUUGUGCCUAGAGAAUCUUGGAGGCGUCUUCCAGGUAGUUAUCCAAUGGUGUCUCUUCACAACCACGCUGGUCUUGUUUUUGGUCUUUUAUCCUCCUCAUCUCAAGUACGCUGAAAUCCAACCCGAAAGCGAACCUUUCCUGGGUCAGAGCACCAAGCCUUAUCGUUCCACGACUGCGGAAUGGAAACUUGCAGUCACCCUCUUCUGCAUUGUUGCGUUCCACGUCACUCUGUGCGCCGUUGUAACGGCGUUGCUUGUUAAGAACUCAGAAUCUUCAACCUUCAUGAUCUGGACCACUUUUCUUGGACUCUCAUCAGCACUAUGUUCCGCAUUCCAGUUCAUCCCUCAGAUUUACAAGACGUGGCGCUUGAAGCUUGUGGGGAGUCUCAGCAUUGUGACGAUGUGCAUUCAAAGUCCGGGAGCUGCAGUGAUGUGCUUGAGUAUUGCCAUAAGGCCAGGAACCAACUGGACAAGUUGGCUGACAUACGCAGCUGCAGGAUGUCUCCAAUCGAUCCUUUUGACUAUGUGUCUCAUCUGGAAGCAACGCCAAGCGCGCCUAGGUAUCGACGAUUUUGGUCGCCCUCCCUCACUGGAUGAAGAUUUAACCCCUGUCGGCACUGCACCCAAUGAUCAUGAUACUGAGGAUGAGCGUUCGCCACUUUUGGCAGGCUCAUAGAAGGGUGGGAUUGCGUGACGGCAAAGUUAGCAGUUGGUAGUGGGCUUUUCAUUCUAAGGAUUCGCACGGGGGUACUUCUAUAAUGUGAUAGCUGAUAAUAAUAAUAUUCUAGAAAGUCUAAUGUCCUUUCAUCGCAACGCACUGUCCAGCAUUGUAGCCCAAUCUGCAACAAAAUCUUUAGCGUGGU